AUGCUUCAAAACGAUUUCGAAUAUGGUGAGUCAUCCGUCCGGAUCAUCCCAUUAGGUGGGCUCGGUGAAGUCGGCAUGAACAUGAUGGUUGUCGAAACUGACGACGACAUGUUGGUGAUCGACUGUGGCGUGCAGUUCCCGGAAUACAACACUCCCGGUAUCGAACGAGUGAUUCCGAAUAUGGAGUACGUCCGGAAACAUCGCGAACGCGUCCGUGCCGUUCUGGUAACCCACGGUCACCUCGACCACAUCGGCGGUUUGCCACACCUUAUGCGCUUCGUUGACGCACCGAUCUACGCACCGCGACUGGCCGCUGAGAUGAUACGGCGAGAGCUGAAGAAAUCCGGUGGGCGGAAUAUGGCGAACGUCCAAGUAAAUUCAGUCAGGCUUGAAAGGGACUACCGAUUCGGCGAAUUCAACGUCCAGUGGAUCGGUGUUUGUCACAGCAUCCCAGACUCGUGCAGCAUCUACUUGGAUACGCCGCAAGGUGGCAUCCUGCACUCCGGCGACUUCAAGUUCGACAACGAACCGAUGCUUGGCCUACCGACGGACUACCAAGCGCUAAGCGAAAUCGGCCAACGUGGGGUUCGCCUGCUGCUCUCCGACUCAACAAAUGCCGAAGACGAGGAUCUCGCGUUCGGACCGUAUCGCUGCGGUCGCGCUUUACCGAGCAAUCGCCGAAGCAAAAGGACGAGUGAUCAUCGCCAGUUUUUCGACCCAGAUCGCCCGGGUUCAGAUGGUCGUAGAUGCCGCGUACGAGCUCGGUAG